AUGUUCUCGCAGAGCGUAGAGCUGAUGAGCACGGAGGGCUCGGGAGGAAAACACGAAAGGGACCGAGAGGGAGCUCCCGAGGCUGAGACAGUAGAUGGCAACGGUCCCGUCAGCGCGAACCUUGCCGGUUCGCCCGACGGUAGCCAGAUCUCGACGGCUAAGGCCAAUAACGCCCAGUCCAACGCGCUCAACCUGAUUAAGAGCAACAAGGACUCUUCUGGCGCUGUACUGGUCAAGAAACAGCGUUUCAACAUAGUUCGAUACAAACAGAAGUCCAGUCGUCGGAAACGAGAGAAGGUCUCCGCGAAAAGAGAGCGCAAGGCCACAAAAACUCUCGCGAUCGUGCUGGGCGUAUUUUUAUUCUGCUGGGUCCCAUUUUUCACCUGUAAUGUCAUCGACGCGAUUUGCAUCAAGCUCGGCUGCAAGGAGUGCCAGCCCGGAGUCACCGUGUUCAUGCUCACUACAUGGCUUGGCUACAUCAACUCGUGCAUCAACCCAAUCAUCUACACGAUUUUCAACACGGAAUUCCGAAAAGCUUUCAAGCGACUUUUGACUGGUACAUCAGACCGCGUUGUUAAAUAG